AUGUCGGCAUUCCUGGCAGAUACUCCACCUCGUCACGUGCUGUUCAGAAACAACUGUAAUGAAGUCGCCGAUCGAGCUGCUAAGGAAGCUGCAGCUCGACCAAAUACGAGGACCAGCUCAGACCCAUUGGUGGAACCAUCUCCGGAACGAGAAUCAACAUGUGUUUUGACGGCAACCACGAAAACAACUAUCCGACAGAGGAUGAGGGCUGAAUGGGAACAAUCCUGGGAACUCGCCAAACAAGGACGCGAGCUCUACAGGCUCGGGGUUCGACCAGGAAAAGAUCUCCUGACUCCACAUGUAGGCACGCACCGAGCAACUAGCUCAGUCAUGACACAGAUGCGCAACGGCAAGAUCGGCCUGCGCGGCUAUCUGCACGCCAUCAUAAAGCCGAUACCGACCAAUGCGACUGCGGCUAUGGACGUCAAACUGUGCGACACAUCAUCCUGGAAUGCCGAAACUGGUGUGAGGAGCGACGAAGAAUGUGGGCAGGCGGAACUCCAUGCGGGGACAUCAAGCAGGUUCUCUGCAGCUCACCCAUCGCCGUACGUGCAGCAAAGAUGA